ACAAGUUUAGGGAAUAUGUAACGGUAUUUUUGUUUUCCCAAAUCAAAUUUCUAAUAUACUAACCAGUAUUUUAUUCUGGAUACAACACUUCUUUAAAAUUACUUUCUUUGUCCAUGUUGAAUGCUAUGGAUGCCAACAACACAAAUUCUGAGAACUUCUGGCCACCCCAUUUCUGGAAUCAAAUAAUAAUAGCAUUUUCUGUUUCUAUGGUCACUGGACUUGUCAUUGGAAGCAUAAUCUGGGCCCUUUUGACUUGCCUGUCUAGCCGUAGAGCUAGUGCUCACAUUUCCCAGUGGAGCACCUCAUCAUCUAGCCGACGUUCCAGAGCUGCUCGUGGAUGUGCUGCCAGCAGACCUGGGUUCUACCGCAACAGCAGCUGUGAGCACCGAAGCAAUCUUAGCUUAGCCAGCCUCACCUUCCAAAGGCAAGUGUCUUUAGAUCAGGCUAACUCUUUCCCAAGAAAAUCAAGUUUUCGGGCCUCUACAUUUCACCCCUUUCUCCAAUGCCCUCCACUUCCGGUGGAAACCGAGAGUCAGUUGAUUACUCUGGUACCUACCAGUACCACCACCACACUUACUGGAACUUCUACCAAUAGCUUCUCUCAUCCAGAAUUCAAUUGGUCAAAUAACAGUCUUCGUGUCUGCCAUUCAACGCAAACUCCGCCUCCUGCCUAUGACUCUAUCAUAAAGGCUUUUCCAGACUCUUGACUUUGAUUCAUGAAAUAUAUAUCAAGAAUCUCAGUUGUAUGAUUUUCUGUGGUCUCUGAAGAUACCUGUGAAGCUUACUAUUGCAAAAAGGAACUACAGUACUGAGACGGGAGUGAUAUUGUGAAACCUGAGCAGACCACAUGGAAUCUGGAUGUUCCUCAGCUUUGAAGACCUUUCUCGCAAUAGUAGCUAUGUCUGCAGUAUUAAUGUGUUUUUAUAAUUAACUUUGCUUAGUAAGCAUUGUCUUUUAUCUAGACAAUACAACAUUGCUUGUAGUACAGACACAAAGCAUAGACCCUUGGAAGAUAUCCUGCUAUUAACUAGAAAGUGGUGGCAUUUUCUCUUUUAAAAUGGGAUUUUAUUUUCAAAGCCUUUUCUCUGGGAAUGUGGAUUUCCAGAUUUAUUUUUCCUAUGGCUUGUAUAUCAGUUGCCAAUAUAGUAUGAAUGCAGAAUCUUCACUAAUUCUUCAGCAGAAAUCUAGGUUACUGCAUGUAUUAUUUCUGCAGGACAAGUGUUUUGAUUUAUGUGUUUGGAAAUUGCUACUUCAAAGUACAACCUGAUUAAGAGUGGGGGCCAAUUCCCACCUCCCUCAUGUAAAUCCCACUGAGUCUAGACAUUCUUAUUUCUGAAUAGGUCUGCAGAGGAUACUGCUGUAGGGAAACCACAUUUCUUUUUUCUUUCUUUUCAAUCAGUUUGAGAAUUGCUUUUGGGGGUCUUUUCCCCAAAAGAGAAGAGUAUUUCAGUGAAAUACUGGUAUAGCCUGGUGAAGAUUUCUGUCCUUCUUCCCAUGAUGAGGAGGCCGAGAGGUAUGUCUUUCACUCCGUCCUUUCUCUGGUGGUUUGCAUCCUGCAGGGCCUUCCAUGCCUUGCUUCAGUCCACCUCCUGCCCAUUUGCAAUACCUUUCAAGUAUGUUUGAAAAGAUCAUUUAAAAAAUCAAAUGAACCCUGAAGAUGAGGGAAAAAUGGAAGAAAGACCUUUUUUAGUAAAUUGGAGGACAAAUUUGAGCACAGCAUUGCAAGUUUCAUAGGUGCAUUCAGGGAAAUGUGUUACUGCUAGAUUCAAGAUUUGGGGAAUCCUUGGCCAAGCCCAGUCCUUCAGGAGUCUCCUAAGUAUGAAAGCAAGAAGAUGCACAGAUGGAAAAUCUUACCAUUUCCUCUUGCUUUCCCUGUUCUUGCAUGAAGGGGGAAUGGAGGCAAUGGAUCCUCUUCUAAUCACAGAGUCCAAGCCAACUCUGUACCUGGCAUUAAUCUGAAUUUUAUCAACCAUUUUUCCUCCAAAUAUUUAGAAAUGAAAGGGAUUUAAGAGGGGGAAGUACUAGGACUCUGCAAAGACCAAAGAGGAACUUUGCUGCUCCCUUCUCUACUUCUAAAAGUAAAAUGGCCACACUGCCUUUCUGCAAGGCCUCAUCUACCCAAUACAGUAGCUGGAAGAGGCUUCUAGGCUACUGGAAUUGCUGGGUAAGUCUUCAGGGUGACACAAAGUGCUCAAAGAAGCAGA